AAUCACAGCGCGACCUCACGCACCUCCAAGAUGGCGACGUCCAUCCAGAACCGCUGUAGGCACAUUCUGUGUUGGCAAAAUACUCGCGAUAACUAAUCAAAACAAAGUCAGGCACACGCGGCAAUACAACUAAUCAUAUCGUGGUCGCCUUUGGAUAUCUGCACAUGUCAGUUGACGGCGUGGUUUUCGUUUUCAUGGCUGUUUCAGAGUGAAAUUGGGCGUCCUCUCGCCAUGGCCACCGACAACAGGAUUCAUUUCUGGAGGAGAAACCAAAAGGUUCCCGGGAGCUUACAGCCAGUAUAUGGAGCACAACACCCUCCUCUGGACCCACGGAGACACCGUCCAUUAAAAGACACUCCGAAGGCCAGCAGUGUGAACACCAAAUCCAAAAAACCUGCAACUUUCCACGAAUUUGCCCGGAGCACCAAUGAUGCAUGGGACCUUGAUGAUGAAGAGGAUGACUGUAUGUUCAGUCUCAAACAGUCCUCAUCUUCCCCUGUCCAAUCACGAUCUACGCCUCAGACGCCCCGACUCAAACUCUUCAAAGCCCCAGAGGACACAGAGCCACUGCCCCGCCUACCAGACAGGCUGGAACCAAUCAGCACAAACCUCGAUCAAGAUGGACUGGAUGUUGAAAGUGGUCCAGCCAAUGGCAGGGUGGUAAAGUCCUGUAGCGACGCCCAGUUGAAUGUGAAUGCAGCUCGCAAUACCCUGCAGAAACAGCAGUCACUUCCUGUGCGUCCCAUCAUUCCAUUAGUUGCCCGCAUUUCAGACCAAAAUGCCUCAGGAGCUCCUCCCAUGACAGUGAGAGAGAAGACUCGAUUGGAUAAAUUUAAGCAGCUACUUGCCAGCCCCAACACAGACCUGGAGGAGUUACGGAAACAUAGCUGGUCGGGAAUCCCUCGUGAGGUCCGGCCAGUCACCUGGAGACUUUUAUCGGGCUAUCUUCCUGCCAACAGGGAACGCAGGGAUCUGGUUCUCCAGAGGAAGAGGGAGGAGUAUUUCGGCUUCAUCGAGCAGUAUUACCACUCCAGAACAGAUGAUAACCACAGAGACACAUACAGACAGAUUCACAUCGAUAUCCCGAGGACGAACCCUUUGAUUCCUUUGUUCCAGCAGCCGCUGGUGCAGGAGGUGUUUGAGCGGAUUCUGUUCAUCUGGGCCAUCCGCCACCCCGCUAGUGGAUACGUGCAGGGCAUUAACGACCUGGUCACACCUUUUUUUGUGGUCUUCCUCUCUGAAUUCGUUGAGGAAGAUGUGGAAAAUUUUGAAAUGGCAAGCUUACCACUGGAUACGCAACGAAACAUCGAAGCCGACAGCUUUUGGUGCAUGAGCAAAUUGCUGGAUGGGAUACAGGACAACUACACGUUCGCCCAGCCUGGCAUUCAGAUUAAAGUGAAGGCGCUGGAAGAGCUCGUCAGCAGAAUAGAUGAGGAUGUCCACGUUCACUUUCAGAAGUGUGAGGUGGAGUAUCUGCAGUUUGCUUUCCGCUGGAUGAAUAAUCUUCUGAUGAGGGAGCUGCCGCUGCGCUGUACCAUACGCCUGUGGGACACAUACCAGGCGGAGUCAGAGGGAUUCUCACAUUUCCACCUCUACGUGUGCGCCGCCUUCCUCAUCAAAUGGCGUAAAGAGAUCCUCUCCAUGCUGGACUUUCAGAGCCUGCUAAUUCUCCUGCAGAACCUUCCCACAAUACACUGGGGCAACGAAGAGGUGGGUUUACUACUGGCAGAGGCCUACAGACUCAAAUACAUGUUCGCUGACGCUCCGAGCCACUACAAGAGAUGAGAACCCGUAAC